GUCACACUAGUGACACUUCGUUCUUAGUAUUAAUGUUCGCGUAGUGUAGUUGUAGUUUUGCGCCCUUUUUUGCAAUAUUUUUGGUUAAUCGAAAUGUGGCCUUCUCAAAUUCGUCCGGAGAAAUGCAUCGAAGAUUACACAAUAUCUAAACAGCAACAUCAACUCGAAAAAUAUUGGCCCCUUCUGAUAGGUCCUGAGAUUACCCUUCGCCGUUUUCGCAGUAAAUUGUUGCAACGCGAACAAUACUUGAAAAAUAAGAGACAAAAAUACCUCGAAUUCAGAGUUGAAUUAGACGCAAAAUGGGACGAAAUAGCAUCCGAAGGGAAAAUAUUACGAUCGAAUUUUACCGCUUUCAAUAACUUUCUUAUAAUAAAUGCCGAGAAGAGAAAACGAACCACUGAAACCAUUGCUGAUCUUAGACAAACCAUAGUAAAAAGAGAGAAUGACGUAUCUGAAUUACAUUCAAAAAUCGAGUUUAUGAAAGCUUCAAAACGAGAGUUGGAACGCGAAAUUGCCUCACAUAUAAUUUUCGAAAAAUACUUGAACAGUUUCUUAGACAUGUGCGACAAAAACGACGGCUUUAGAAGUGCACAUAGUAUUAUAGAACGGUUUGAAUAUUUCACAGAAAUUAACAAAAAUCUGGCAGAGAGACAACAAGAACUUUUCAUAAAAUUACAAACUUCUAAACUUGAACUAAGUCGAUUUCGCGAAGUGAAUGAAAACAUUUUGCUCGGCCUCCACACCCAAGCAGCAGGUCUUCAAGGGCGUUUUGAAGAAGCGGCGAGAAAGUCACGCCAACUUGAACUAUUAAUUUCCACAAUCAAAAACCGAGCACGUGACAUUUACAAAGACAUGUCUUUUACGAAAAAAGCUGUUUGGAAUUUAUAUUUGCUAAUGUGUACAAAAAAAGGAGUUUCUAUCAAAUUUCGUAAAAAUCAAGUUGAACAACAAAUGAUUUUCAUCAGUAAAACCCUUCAACAGUUCGAGAAGCUCAUUGAAAAGUUCAAGACACAACAAAAGAUAAAACCACAAAAAGUAAAACGAUUAACCAAAAAAACUAAAUAAAUCAUCAGUGCA